CGCGGUCACUCUGUUUUGAGAAGACAAUAGGUAGAUGAUGCUUCGACAAUUUCAUGAAGUAUACAAUCAAGGCCCAAUUCCAGAUUCCGCUGGCUUGGAAGCAAGCCAAUGCCGAAGUAUAGACGUGCCUGGUAUGCGCCUUCGUAGGAGCGUGGAAACAGCACCAGCUGACUACUCUUAGCGAUGAAUGCCAGCGUAGACACCUGAAGUGUAAGUCUUGUGUACAAUCCCAUCCCAUUUUUCAAUAAUUGACACGUAAUGUCUAGGUGACUUCAAUUUCCCCUGUAGGCCUUGCUCAGUGGCAUCUCGGUGUUGUGUAGAAGCCAUCAAGUAUGUUUUCCGACAUGAGGAGAAUCCUUCGGUGCAGCCGCAAGGAAAGCAAUGUUCAAUGUUAUUUGAUGACAAGCAGGUCUGGGUAGACUUGCCAUCAUCACGUAUGUUUAUCAAGUCCAUGUCUUCGAUCAGUCUAACGGUCUCAGUCCAAUUCGUUAAAGAGAGGGUCCAUGAAUCUUAUAUCACUUUAGAAACAACCGCACCUUGCCUGUCAAGCGAAACCGGCGAGAUUUCUUUCGAAAACUUAUCAUCUAGUGAGGACGCUCCCAGUUAUCCAACGGUGCAAUCUCCAGAUCAGCUAUCAAGGGAAGUGGCAGCGCCUGUGUCGAUCGUCUUGUCUCCACAUGAAUGCUCCCAUUUAUCUGUUACAUCGCCAAAGAAGCCCAAAACUGUCCUUUGGCCAGGUACAAAAGCCGAGUCAAAAUUAAUGCAAUAUUUUGCCACUGAGCUAUCAGUAUGGGUAUCUUUUCCUAGAAAUUCCCACUUCGAGACCUGCAAUUAAGUCCUUACAACAGUUCGACUACCUAGCUCAGUAUAGACACUUCUCGACUGUCGUUAUCCAAGCUGCUGCUACUUCACCCGCCCUGUACUACGCCAUCCUGGCUAUCUCAUUGAAACAUCUCAGUCUGGUUCAGAACUACGAUCGUUACAUACCGGAUAAAUAUCAUCAAGAAUGUCUCAAUAUACUGAUUCCAACUCUCGAGGAUCCUGAUAUUCUGCUUGACGAAACACUGUUUGCUGCUACAGUAAUACUUCGUCUGUUAGACGAAAUGACUGGUAAAAAAGAAAGCCAUUCCGUGACGAUUAGCUGAUAAUAUUUAGUAAAGGACCAGCCUGAAACAGAACAACACGUUCUAGGUUCCCACAUGCUUGUAGAUGCCCGCCAACGAACCCGCACACAUCCAUCCACGGCCCCAAAUACUAGUCUUCGUUACGCCACAUCAAUAAUUGAGCUCCGGCAAGAGAUUCACAUUGCCAUCAUGAUGAAUCGACAACCCUCACAGUUCGUGCAGUACGGUUCGGUUGAUAGAUCAUUAAGCGAAACCGACGACUGGACUUGGACACAUCGAAUCCUCGCUCACAUUGCUGAUGUGCUAACAUACUGCAAUGGCCCGUGUAAGACUUUGGAGCGAUUGAACGAGCUUUUUGACUAUCUACGGAUGUGGGAGGCAGCUAUCCCACCAAGCUUUACACCAUUGUAUGAGGAACAAGCAGAUCCAGAGAAUGGAAUGGUUUUUCCAGAAGUCUUGUUUGCGAAUGACUGUCAUGGUAUAUAAUUUGCAGUUCCUACUUAGUAUACAUGAGCUGAAAUGUUUAGUGGCCGGGCAUCAGUUCGUUGCUAUGUCGAGAAUUUUGCUGUUAGCUCAAGACCCGGCAAUACCACCACUUGGCCCAGAACGUAUCAAGAUACUGAAGAAAAGAGACGCAAGCUUUCCUGUCCCCUUGUGCUCAAAUACAGCUGACACGAGAACCCAGAUCGAGAUAAAAGAACAAGUCCUAAGAAUUUGCGGCAUUGCGACUUCAAACCGUCAUUUUACCCCUUGUUUAUUCGCCGCUGGCGCAGCUGUUUCUAUGUGUACGCUACUUCCCGUCCAUCGCGUAUGUGUUUUAUCAAAGACUGUUGGAAUGUUGACUGGUUUCAAUUACAGGUGGAGAAAGAUUUGCAGAGCUUGAUGAGCAGAAAGCAUUUUUGCAUAUACUCGAGAUAACCGAGGCACAUGUGGGGUGGCAGAGUUUGAGAGCCAGUGAUAGGCAGAGGGAGUGCUGGGGAUGGGAUCCAUCAUGACUUCUGUCGUCCAUGCAAAGGCGGAACUCUGUUAGGAAGAAUAAAUUUCUGCCUCCUGGUACAUUAGUUCGCAGUGAACACGACAAGUGGUAGAGAGAGGUUCUUAUUCUUUCUUUAGUCCAAGUUGAUUUGUG